AUGAGAGACACCGCACUCGUCGCUGGGCUCGCCGCACUGCAAGCCGCUACGGCCUAUGCCGCAACAACAUCCUACUGUCCCGUCUCUGGCCAAAUCUGUUUCCGAUGGGGCGUCCCCGAAGCCGCUGCCUCUACUGGCUCCGGCAGCGUCUACAUCCAGAUCCGCGCGAAAGCGUCCUACCAGUGGGUUGGCCUGGGCAUCGGCGACCACAUGAAUGGCGCGGACAUGUUUGUCAUGUAUGCUGACGGCGCUGGCAACGUGACGCUCAGUACGAGACGGGGCCUGAACCAUGUCAUGCCCGUGUACAAGACCAAUGCUGGCGUUGAGCUGCUUGCCGGGUCGGGCGAAAUGAAUGGCCAGAUGGUUGCUAAUGUAAAGUGUAGCAGUUGCUCCAAGUUGGCCCUGGGUUCGUCAAAUGCGUGGCUGAGCGCGUGGAAGCAUGGCCGCUCGUUGGCCUCGACGGACCUUGACGCCCAGAUUGGCUACCAUGACGGGAAUGCCUUGUUUUCGGUGGACUUUUCCAAGGCGACUAUCUUGUCGGACCAGAACCCAUUUGCGGGCGGUGACGACAACGCCGGGGAUUCUACAUCUGGCUCUGGCUCAGGGUCAGCACCUGGCGGUGGUGUAGUUGUCGUCGUGCAAGACGACCCCAUCCAGACGCUUAUGUACGCCCACGGCAUCGUCAUGGCUGUCGUCUUCGUGCUCGGCUAUCCCAUCGGCGCGAUAUUGAUGUCGCUCCUGGGCAGAUGGGCUAUCCAUGCAGGCUGGCAGCUCGUCACAUUCUUGGCCAUGUGGGCAGGCUUUGGAGUUGGUUACACUCUCGCCCGUCGGACUGAUCUGUUCUUCAAACAAUGUCAUUCGCAACUUGGCAUCAUUUUGGUCUGCCUCGUCAGUCUACAACCCCUCCUGGGUUACCUCCACCACCGACAUUAUCUCAGGAAUAAGCAACGUGGCAUCGUCAGCUACCUCCACAUCUGGUACGGCCGCUCGCUCAUCAUUCUGGGAAUGAUCAAUGGCGGUCUUGGACUGCAGCUCGCUGGCCUCUCUGUUGAUAACCACGCCUUUAUUGUUGUGUAUUGCGUCGUAGUUGCGGUGGUUGCCGCUGCGUAUAUUGCUUGUGUCCUGCUCAAGAUGUGGCGGACGGGACGAAAAGCAGCGCCGGCGGGAAGCCCCAGGGAUAGUAAAAUGCAUAGAGCGGUCUUUGCGACAACCCAACCUUAG